AUGAAACAUGAAUUACCUGUCUCAAUGGUUAUUCUAGAUUCUAAGCUCUCAUAAAAUUAAAGACUUUUGUGUUAAGAAUGCAUAGAUAAUUUAGAAUUGGAUUAAAACUAUAAGACAAUUGGAUUUAAGAAAGUUAUUCAGAAGAUUGAAGAAAAUAAAUAGUAAUAGUUAAAUAUCAUUGAAGAUCUAAUUAUAACAGAUAUUAAAUAAAUUGAAUCAUUCUAAAUUCAAAUCAAUAAUUUAAAAUCUAUUGUUCUUUAAUAAUUAGAUCAAUUAAUUAAUAACACUUAUGAUUGGAUAUUAAACUUAAAAUAAACAGGAUCUAAAUUCUCAGAAUAUAGUUUCUUUAAAGAAUUAGAUUUAUUAAUAGUCGAUGAAUAAAAUACUAAAGCUGAUUAGAUUAAUUGUUAAAAUCAAAUUAAAAUACUUAAUCAAAAUUGGAUUACAAAAGUCAAUUCUUAAUUAGAACAAUUCAAAUAAUUUAAAGAAUAUCAAUAAUUAAAGAAUAUAUUCAACAAACUAAAUGAACAAACAUCAAAUAUGUCUAUAAUUUAAUAACAAUAAAAAUUAAGUCCAAAUCAAUUAUAACUUAUUGAUGAUACAAUUGAUUAAGAAGAAAUUUGUAAUGCCAUUAUAUUUGAUUCAACUGGGAAGAUUAUGGUUUCAACUUGUGAAAACAAAAUUAUAAUUUGGAAUUUUAAUAAUGGAAAGAUUUAAUAAGUUCAAUCGCUCUCAGAACAUUAAAAUAAUGUUACUUGUCUAGUAUAUAGUAAAAUUAAGAAUUAUUUUAUUUCCGGAUCACUAGAUGGAUCAAUUAUUUCUUGGAAAUAAUUGAAUAACAAUCAAUGGUAAAGUUCUUAACCAUAAUGUGAGCAUUAGAAAGAAGUCUAUUGUAUAAUCUUAACAUAAAAUGAAGAUUAAUUAAUUUCAGGUAGUUCAGAUUUUAUGAUAAAUGUAUGGAGUAUAGAUUUUAUUAAUAAUCAAUUAACAUUUCUCUAUUCUUUAUAAAAACAUACUAAUUUUGUCAACUCAUUAAGUUUAAAUGAAUCAGAAAGAUUAUUGGUUUCAUGUGAAUUUGGAAAUUCAAUUAUAAUUUGGUAAAAAGAUUAAAAUAAUAGGUGGAUUUUUUAGUAUGUAGUUAAAUAAUCAAUAAAAGGUAUUGGAAGUCAUGUUAAAUUUAUAAAAGAAGAUUAAUUUAUAUGGGUACCUUAUUCAGCCAAUUGUAUAUGUGUAUUUGAACAAAAAGAUGGUCAAUUUCAAGAAAUAGUAGAGAAGAUAGUUUAAUUUAAUAAAUAAAGUCAACAAUUUUUAUAUAUACCAUUCUUUUUCCCAAUAAUAUACAUUAAGGAUAAAAAUUUGAUAUGCUUAAGACAUAAAGAAUAUAUUAUGUUACUCAAAGAACAAAAUGAUGGAUAAUUAUCAAUUGUUAAAGAAUUAGAUUGCCAACGUUGGUCAAUAUUUGGAACAGUAACAAACAAUGGAUAAUAUUUAAUAUUUUGGGGAGAAGAGAAGAGGAAAUACGAGAUAUAUGAAAUAUAGUAUAAAUGA